AUGGCAAGUAGAGGCGGCCGUGAUGGUGGCAACGAUCCGAUGGAUACAUCAGCAUCGAUGCAAAACAUAUCAUCCCAUCAUCAUUUAAGUUCGUCGGCUGUGCCGCCGAUCGGCAGUGGUGGUGCUGGUGGUGGUACCACAACGACAAGCAGCCAAGCAAUGCUCACCAAAUACAAAUAUAUUGAAAAUUACGAUUUUCCCUAUUGUGAUGAAUCAAGCAAAUACGAGAAAGUGGCCAAAAUCGGUCAGGGCACAUUCGGUGAAGUGUUCAAAGCACGCGAACGACGUUCCAACAAGAAAUUUGUCGCGAUGAAAAAAGUUCUUAUGGAUAAUGAAAAAGAAGGCUUUCCAAUUACGGCGUUGCGAGAGAUUCGAAUUUUGCAACUCUUGAAACACGAAAAUGUGGUGAAUUUGAUUGAAAUCUGUCGCACAAAGGCCUCUGCGAACAAUCGAUACCGCUCAACCUUCUACUUGGU